AUGGCAGAUUCUGUUUCGGAUGCUACCAAGCCCAGGAGUUCCAUGGCCUCCACCUCCCGCCGCCAGCGCCGAGAGCGUCGCUUCAGGCGGUACCUGUCUGCAGGUCGGCUGGCCCGGGCCCAGGCCCUCCUCCGGCGACACCCCGGCCUCGAUGUAGAUGCUGGGCAGCCCCCGCCGCUGCACCGGGCCUGUGCCCGCCACGAUGCGCCUGCCCUGUGCCUGCUUCUUCGGCUCGGGGCUGACCCUGCCCACCAGGACCGCCACGGAAACACGGCGCUGCACGCUGCCGCCCGCCAGGGUCCUGACGCCUACACCGACUUCUUCCUGCCGCUGCUGCAUCGCUGUCCCUCUGCCCUGGGAGUAAAGAAUAAGGAUGGGGAGACCCCAGGGCACAUUCUGGGCUGGGGACCCCCCUGGGGUUCUGCUGAAGAGGAGGAAGACGCGUCCAAGGAGCACCAGUGGAGGCAGAAGCUGCAGGAAGAGCUGGAGGACGAGUGGCAGGAGGUCACGGGGCGGCUCGAAGACUAUGCUUCCCAUGAGGCCCCGGAACCCGAGUCCUUCUCAGCCUGGUCAGAUCGCCUGGCCCAGGAGCAUGCCCAGAAGUGCCAGCAGCAGCGUGAGACCAAGGGAGCCUGCCGGCCCGCCCGGGCUGAGGGCCCCCGUCUGGGCUGGCGGCGGCUGGAGGAGGAGCGGAGGCUCUUCCAAGAGCGGGCCAGGGCCAAGGAGGAGGAGCUGCGGGAGAGCAGAGCCAGGCGGGCGCAGGAGCGGGCGCAGGAGGCUCGCAGGGACCUGGGGCCCGGGGCCCAGCAACCCAGGGGAGUGGGCAGGGGUAAUCUCUGGCGCUUCGGUGAUGUGCCCUGGCCCUGCCCAGGGGGGGACCCGGAGGCCAUGGCAGCAGCCCUGGUGGCCGGGGGUCCCCCCUUGGCGGAGAAAGAGGCUCUGAGGAGGUACUUGAGGGCCCAGCAGGUUCGCUGGCACCCGGACCGCUUCCUACAGCGAUUCGGGAGCCAGAUUGAGGCCUGGGAGCUGGGCCGCGUGAUGGGAGCCGUGACAGCCCUUUCUCAGGCCCUGAAUCGCCGAGCGGAGGCCCUCAAGUGA